CGCGCGUUGUGUGAAAUUUUCAUGGCAUUAUGUGGGCUCUUCCGUCAAACCAGAGCUAAUUAUUACAAGUUAUCAAUUGUUGUUUCCAACAAACAUUUUAUUAUUUCUUUGAAAAUUGAAAAAAAUUAAGGAUAACCUCCGACUGUUAUUGGCUGACUAAUCGCGCGUUCUCUGUAAUCUCUUCGCCGGGAUACCAUUCAAAAUUUCAAGGUUCUGUCGGUGGUACGACUUGUUAGUCCUUCUGAGUUGGUGUCUUACCUGUAAAGUGCUUUUUUUUACGAUGGAGAGCAUAAUCGUUGGUUAUAACUUUGAUUAAUCUUGAAUGAUAGCUUUUAUUAUUAAAAAAGAACAAUAUAUUGGUGUAUUUUAAAAGACGUAGCAUCGUUGUGCAUUGAGUGCACGCUGAACUUUUUUUAGAUUAGAAUUAUUGCUGUUCCUUCUAGAAACAAUUCCCACUUAUCCUUAAGAAAUUCUGUCAAUUUUCAUAUUUCCUUCACCCCGUUUCCCAUGCAGUGAUACUAUAUUUUAUUGAACAAACCAAUGCAAAUUUAAAGCACAAUUUAUUCAUCCAUAUGAUUACACAACAUUUAUGCAUUAUAGCUUGUGUUAGUUCGUGAUGAAAACCCUUUUUAGUUCCUAACCCUAAGUUCUAUCUUUAAAUCCCCGUUUUCCCCCAUACUCAUUCAUAACCCUCCUUUGACCCUAGUAAGUAAGUACGUUGUCUCAAGGUCGCUUCAGCGUCGCUGAAAUGUCCAUUAAUUAUAAAGCCACCUCCCAUGCUACUAGGUGUAAACGUUAUUGAGAUGUUUUUGGCUCUAAAGUUCCUCAACGGUUUGGUAUGGUUAUUAUGCAGAACAGUUGGUACUUCUGUUGACUUAUCUAUAGUAAGGUAUCGAUUAUAAUGGAAGCUUUCCUUACUGGAUUCAAACAAAAGCCCCAAGAUAGCAAACGACGCAUAAAAAGUCAAAAACACAUCCCUUGGGUUGAAAAAUAUCGACCAAAAACAAUAGAUGAAGUAGCUUAUCAAACAGAAGUUGUUAGCGUUCUUCAAAGGUGUAUUGAAGGAUCUGAUUUGCCAAAUUUACUGUUUUAUGGACCACCAGGGACUGGAAAAACGUCUUUGAUUUUGGCUUUAGCUCGUCAACUUUUUGGCCCUUUGUAUUCAGAACGUGUUUUAGAAUUGAAUGCGAGCGAUGAACGUGGGAUCAGUGUUAUUCGAGAAAAAGUGAAGGCUUUUGCUCACAUCGCUGUUAGUAGUAGUACUAAUAGCUCUGGUUCAAGUUCAACUAAUAUACCACCAUAUAAAUUAAUAAUCUUAGAUGAAGCUGAUUCUAUGACAGCACCUGCACAAGCUGCUCUACGUCGUACAAUGGAGACUGAAAUGAGAACUACACGAUUUUGUUUAACUUGUAAUUAUGUUACACGAAUUAUUGAACCAAUCACAAGUCGAUGUGCAAAGUUUAGAUUUCGUCCAUUGGAUAAUGAAAUUGCUCGUGCUCGUUUACGUCACAUUGCAGAUGCAGAAAAUUUAUCCAUUACUAAUGAGACAUUGGAUCAUUUACUGUCACUUUGUCAUGGUGAUUUACGGCAAGGUAUCACAAUGUUACAGUGUGUUCAUCAGUUAAUUAUAUCCGUUGAUGAUUCCGAUGUCGGUUGUCGUUCUUCGAUUACCUCAAAAGAAUUAGAUGAGGCUGCAGCUGUUGUUCCGAGUGAUAUAAUUAAAAAUCUUAUUAAAACAUCAGAAAAUGGUAGUUUCGAUGAUUUACAAAUCAUUAUCAAAAAUUUAUUAUUGGAAGGUUAUUCAGCACAUCAGACCACUUAUCAACUGCACGAACAUAUAAUCAAUGACGAUAAACUAUCCUGUAUUCAAAAAGCAUCUAUUUUGGAAUCUCUUGCUGUUGCUGAUUCUCGACUAAUUGAUGGAGCUGAUGAAUAUUUACAACUUCUAGCCGUCGGAGGGACUCUACUUAAAACUAUCCAAUCAAAUUAAAAGAUGUAUUUAUCUUUAUAUAAUGCUCUUUUUCUUUUUAAAAAAAGAAUUUAACAAGUACUGUAUGAUAAUGAAUAAAUAUUUCAGAAAUA